CAGAGACAGAAACGAGGAAGAUUCUCCGGUAGUCAGCAAACCAUUUUUCUGUCGUCAAACGGAUCAAGCUUUUUGUGAGACUUGGAUCGGUCACAAAAAGCGGGAUUCGCUUUUCGCAUAGGAAUUGGCCUGUUAAGGAGCCAGCUUAUUCACAUAGAACAUUUGAAAAUUGUAAGUAAAGGAUAUAAAAAUGGAGGAAAUGCAUCAACCACAACAGGUUGGGCCUAAUAUGAUGGCCAGUGUAGGUGGGGUUCCUAGCCAUUCGAAUAAUGUUAACCGGCGUAGCAAAGUUCGAUUAUCAUUACACAGUUUGAUGGUAGAAAAACUUCCGUUAAGCGAAGCUGCUCAAUUGGAGAUGAAAUCGUUAUCCAACAAAACACCAGUUUCGAUUCUUCAGGAACUGCUUUCUCGUAGGAACGCAACACCAACAUAUGAAUUAAUACAAGUAGAGGGUGCUGUCCAUGAGCCUAUUUUUCGUUAUCGAGUCACUGUUGCUGAUAUUGUUGAUCCAAUUGUUUCAGCAGUGGGGACCGGAAAAUCAAAGAAAGAGGCAAAGCAUGCUGCUGCUCGAGCUGUAUUGGAUAAGUUGUGUAGAUUGAAUAGCGAAAGUCCAGACUCCCCACUUCCAAAUAAUAUACCAGAUUCAGAAAAUUUACAAGAAUUACCAGGUUUUGGAGAACAAAAAAUAAUCACAAAUCCAAUUGGUUCGUUGCAAGAAAUGUGUAUGUCACGUCACUGGCCUCCGCCAAAAUAUACAAUGAAAAAUGCGGAGGGUCUGCCACACGAAAGACAGUUUACUAUUGUUUGUUCUAUUUCAAAAUAUUGCGAAGUUGGUCAAGGAAAAAGUAAGAAAGUUGCUAAAAGGCAUGCAGCUCACAAAAUGUGGCAAGCUCUACAUGACAUGAAUAUUGAAAAUUCUGAUAUAGACGAGGAUGAGGUUUUACAAAGGCAUACAAACCUGAGUGCCCGUUACGCUGAUCUGAAAGGUAGCACGAUAUCAACACUAACAACUAUACAUAGUCUUAAAGUUUCACAAUUUCAUAAAAGUAUGAAGUCGUCAACUGGUGUUAAGCUAUUUGAACUACAGAAUACAUGUUUAAAUGUUGAUGAUAUAAAUUUGGUGCAAUUUUUACAAGAGAUUGCUUCAGAGCAGCAAUUUGAAAUAACGUACGUUGAUAUUGAAGAAAAAUCCAUCAGUGGUAAAUACCAGUGCCUUGUGCAACUGUCCACUUUACCAGUGGCUGUUUGCUACGGUUGCGGUGUUACUAGUAAAAUUGCUCAAGCUAGUGCUGCUCAAAACGCUCUGGAAUAUCUCAAAAUCAUGACCAAGAAGUGAGCCAGCGCUUUGCUCCUGCCAGCUGUCACUAUCAAUUGCAAAUCCCACAACAAUUUGCUGUCCAUAAAUCAAAAUAACAACACAGAUCCUACAAUUUUGUCAGCGAACAAUCAAGUGUUCGACAAGGGCAAAAGUGGU